CUUGCAAUGAUGAUUAAUUUCGGGCGGCAGCGCACCUCGCGGUGCGUAUCAAAAUAAAGUAUUAUAACCUUUUUUCGAUCCGCAGGCACCUAGCACUCCACGGCCACCAUGUCUCGAAGGCUAUCCAGAAACACCUCUGUGACUCCCUCCGAGCCGAGGGGUGUAAAUAUUCCCCAAUCCGAAGGGCUAACCUUGCCUAGCGAUCAAGUCGAUGAACAUACCCUGCACCCACAUCAACACUCAGAACACACGCUCGUGGACCAGGACGGGUCGUUUCAGCUUGACCGAGAAGAUGAGGAGCAUGAUGAAGAAAUUACAGCAUGGAAGGUAAUGCCGUGGUGGAAAAGACCUUCGCCCUACUGGUUGAUAUUUUCCACGCCUGUAGCAUCGUUGGGCUUCUCUGCAAUCAUUGGUCCUCGGGUGGAGAUGUACACUGCUCUCGCAUGUCGUGUUCAUGCGCCCGGGCUCGAGUUACAGUACGAACCGAACGGCAUGCUACAUCUAGCUCAGCCACAUGCAGUGUUAUCCGUGGACAUGGCGAAGACUCUAUAUGAUGGCCUGAAUCUAGAUGAUCUCACUGCUCCAGUUGUGUCUGCUCAAUCUGUGUCUUCAUACGUUCCUGCAGAUACUGGUUCCCAACAGUCAUCCGUCCCAGACCGCGACCAAUGCGCGUCUGACCCAGUCGUGCAAGCUGCCGUCGCACAAUUGUCCGCAGUUCUCAGCACUACUAUGGGUAUCUUGAGCUGCCUUACAACCGUUUGGUGGGGUUCGCUCUCCGACCGUUUUGGUCGAACAUUAAUCAUGGGCAUCUCGAUGCUUGGUUUGCUUGCGAGUGAUUUAAUUUUCAUUGUCACAGUAUUCUUUGUGGAACGGCUCCCAGGCGGAUACUGGUUCUUGAUACUCGGUUUUGCAUUGGACGGUAUGGCCGGUGGGAUGACCACUGGGGUUGCUGCUUCUCAUGCCUAUCUUGCCGACAGUACCCAUCGUUCUGAGCGAUCUCGUAUAUUUUCCCUAGCAUUGGGUACCAUGUUUUGUGGUGUGGCCCUUGGUCCUGUCAUUGGAGGUGUCUUAAUUCGAGCGACGGGCUCGACACUUUCCACGUUCUAUUUAUCUGCGACUGUCCACGCGCUGUACGCUGCUUCCAUGUUUCUGAUUGUCCCCGAAUCACAGACAAAAGCGAGAGCACUUGGCGCACAGAAAAGACGGCAGGCAUCACUUGAAAGGCGGAAUGGUGACGCUGUAUCCAUCUUAAAGAGCGCCAUGAGGUUCUUCAGCCCUCUAGCAGUUCUUCUGCCCGAACGUGUCAGUGUUAACGGAAACCCACUCAAACGCUCCAAGAGAGAUUGGAGUUUAUGCUUCAUUGUUGCUAGCUAUGGCUUCACGAUGUUCCCGAUGGGUAUGGUGACAUACGUGUUACAGUACGCCGCAGGAAAUUUCAAGUGGUCAUCGGAAACGAUUAGCUACUACGUCGCCUUCGCUGGAGCUGGCCGUGCGCUAUUCUUGGCUGUCAUCUUACCUGUUAUCAUCAAGCUUCUGAAACCGGCGCCUGUGCAGCUCCCCACUGCCCCAGAUGAGCCACUUCAGAACUUGUCAUCACAGACCCUUCCAAGUAGGCAUAGUGACACAGGACCACCCUCUCAUUCUGCGAAGUUUGAUCUCAAUCUCGCUCGAAUCUCUAUCGUUAUUGACAUUCUUUCGUUCGCUACAAUGAUUUUUGCUUCUGAUGGUCUCGUCUUCGCCUUCGGAUCUAUCUUGCAAUCACUGGGCGCCGGGUAUUCGCCUGCUGUCCAAGCAUUCGCGCUCGAUGUUUACAGCAGAAGGGGAGGAAAGGGCGAAGCUGGAAAGCUUUUUGGCGCCAUUGGUGUGGUACAAGCUCUUAGUUCUCAAAUCAUGGGCCCCGCAUUAUUUGGCUUUGUGUAUUACAAGACCGUCGCGACCUUCCCUGGUGCAAUUUUUGCUUUGAGUGUGGUGAUGAUGAUAAUUUCUCUCGCCUUGCUCGUGCUAGUGCACCCGCCUACGAACAAGGAUGAUGCUGAAAGUACGAUUACGAACGACGAGACUCAAGUUCCAGUGAUCCGUGUCAAGAUAACCCAGGCGGAUGAUCUUGUUCACAGUGAGGACGAAGAGGCGGGAGGACGUGACGCUCAGAGUUAACAUAGAUAAUUUUGUAGUACAAGGACACCCCUUCGGUCGGCUCUUCGGUGUGUACAGUAGCAGCUUAGGAUAUUACUAGCAGUGCAAUUAUGUGCUUCGUUCGUCUUUGCAAAUAGACACAGCGUGUCUCUUUGUGUUC